AUGAGCGUGCUGGAAGCGACUCAUUCGCCGACGGAUUCCGUGGCUGGGCUGAUAAGCGGAAGCGGGGGUCCGGUCCCGUCGGGUCCCGUCAAGCGUCAGGGAGUCUCUGGGGAGAGCUCGAACCAGCCUUUGACCCCCGGCGGGUCCGGUUCGGCCAAAAUCACUAUACCCAAGGUCGACAAGGACUUCAGAUGCAGCCUUGCUGAGAUUUUCAUGCUGCCCUUCGGGUUCUUUGAGGAAGCCAGUGCGGUGGGUUCUUGUGAGAAACGAGCAACUGCGUUUGUGUCUUUGCAGUAA